AUGGGAGCCCGGGCCGCGGCCGCAGGGGCUCCGUGGGUCCGCGCCCCCCUCCGGACCGGACCCCGGACCGGACCCCGGACCGGACCCCGGUUCCGACGGGACCUGAACCUCCAGGCGGCCAGGCUGAGGGGCAUCGAUGACCUGCCGGGGCCCAGCUGGCCCACCACCCUGUUCUGGCUGUUCGGACGGGGCUACGCGGAGAAAGGACACCUGCUGCAGAUCCUGCAGAAGAGCCUGUACGGGCCCAUCUGGCGCUCCAGGUUCGGGCCCUUCGACAUCGUCAACGUGGCGUCCCCAGAGCUCAUCGCCCAGGUGAUCCAGCAGGAGGGCCGCUUCCCGGUGCGGGUGGAGCUGCCCCACUGGAAAGAGUACCGGGACCUGCGGGGACAGGCCUACGGGCUGCAUGUGGAGGACCCGGAGGGGAAACGGGGGCCUUCACUGGGGGCCUCCCUGAGGAUUCUGGAGGCUUUUACCAACUCUGUCCGGUCGGGCCCUGAGUGGCAGCGCCUCCGCGGCGUGCUGAACCCGCGGAUGCUGAGGCUGCGGGAGGCGGCGGCCUUCGGCCCGGUGCUGCAGCAGGUGGUGGGAGACCUGCUGCGGCGGGUGGAGAUCCUGCGCCUGCAGAGCCCCGACGGAGCCACCACCCGUCUGGGCUGCCUGCAGGAGCAGAUCCCUCCGGACACGCGGCGCUUCAUCGGGGCUGUGGGCGACAUGCUGCGGCUGUCCGAUACGGUGCUCAUCCUGCCCCGCUGGACCCGCCGCCUGCUGCCCUACUGGGGCCGAUUCGUCCAGGCCUGGGACGACCUCUAUGAAGUA